CGCUAUCGUUUGGCAUUCAUUGUGAAAUUGAAAAUCAAAAUUGAAACAGGCAGCAAGCGAAACGGUUGAACGGAUUUCAAAGCGCACAACGUCAACGUGAAAAGAAUUUCAUAAGCAAAAGUUAAUAUAGCGCAAAUUGUCAAGCCAUAAAAGCACAAACAAAAAACAAUUCAAAGCUAAUCAAAAAUUGACUAACGCUAAAUAACAUUAGCAACCACAAGAAAAACAAAGCAGUGCCAAGCCGAGACAAAGUGUGCGUUACGCAAACACAAAAAGUGCAAAGAGAAGCUACAAAAAUAGCUGAAGCUCAAGCUCAAGUGACAAAAUCAGAAGAGAUUAACAACAAUUCCAAUAUGGUCGUUGAGGAAUCAGCCAACAUGCAUCACUAUCACAGCCACAACAACAACAGCCUGGAGCUAACCGAGUGUGCCAUGCCCAUCGGACGUACCGUUAAAACGGCUCUGCUGCGUGCCCAAUCGGAGGCUCGUGUGAUUGUCGGCCUCUCGGCUGCGAUCAAUACCCUAUCCAAAUCACCAGAGGGUUCAUUGUUUUGCCUGAUGGCCGUGCCUAAAGAUGGCGAUUCGGCCACACACAUGCACGAGGUGCUGCUGGAGGCGUUCUGCUAUGAGAAUGAUAUCUAUGUCAUCAAGGUGGACGACGCCACCAAGCUGAGCCGGAUUCUGGGCCAGGAAAGCAUCGAGUCAUGCUGCCUGAUUCAAAAGACCUGGGCAGGCGAGCAGAACGAGGAGCAGCUGAACAAGGCCGAAAAUCAACUGGUCGACUACUGCGAGGCACAUUGGGAUGCGCCCCAGCAUCCCAUUGUCCAGCUGCCCGCGGUGUAGGCGCGUUCGGAGAGAUGGCAGAAGCUAUGAGUUGAACAGCCCGUCACAGUGGGGCUAAACAUGGGUUUAAAUCAAACAAGCAACCAGUUAAGACAAGGUUAAUGUACCCGAACGUUUGGAGAGUUCUGCGGAAACCGACGUUGGGACAUAUUCCAAUUACAUAUAAUACAACAUAUAUAUAUGCAUAUGUAUAAGUGUAUAUAGAGGAGGAAGGGGAGGAGCAGGAGGAGCAGCGAAAGCUAAAGUAGCUGCAAAACGUUGAAUUAUGCUAGAGAGCGAGCGAGAGAGAUAGAGAGAGGCAAUUGAUGGCGACAACGACCUUCGUUGGAGCAGACGAGAAUGCAGCAGAAAAAGCAACAAGCAGCAGCAACAACAAAACAGCUGCUGCGGAAGUGCAUGCACUCUCUCAAGCUCCCACUCUCUUGGAUUUGGCACCAAUACAAUCAUACACCAAUACAGCAAUACACCAACACAACGGCACACGUUUAAGCGCGUGACAAGCUGCUGGUUUUUUUUUUUUUAACUGAGAGAGAUUAUU